GCCACUCCGGCUUCCGUAGCCCCACAUCCUCGCUUCGCAUGUACUUCCCUUGUCAUGACCAUUUGUUUACUGCCUGUCAGGUCAAAAAUAGCCGUGGCUACUUAGUUUCUACCUGUGCAGAUAGAUACGCACUUUGGCUGCUCGUGUUAAAGUAAUAUUCCGACUGUAAAAAAAACAAAAACAAAAAAAAAAUGAUUUUCAGCAACGUAGACAGCCAUCGACGCUCAGCCCGAACGGAGGCGAGAACAAGUAAGCUAGCUAGCUAGCUUCACCGGUCGUCGGCCCGGCUUUUGGGCGAGAGAAUCGGUCAAGCUGGAGACAAUCAGAGAUCCCUGAGGAGCGCACUUUGCCUUCGUACAAACGAAAAUAGUUCCGCAAUAAUGGCCUCCAGCUUCCUCGACGCGGACGAGGCGUCCCCAGCGGGCUUGACAGACUUGUGCCUCACCUUUGUGAGCCAGAACCUGGAGUGCUUGUGCGUGAAGCGUGCCGACGGGUCCUUGUGCUUCAGAGAGCCCGUGCUUUUCCCUCAAGAGCUCGCAGAUCAGCUUCUUGCCAAAAUGGCAACUGAAGGUCUGCUGAACGACAGUACAGUUGGCGUGUUCCGGAACUGCGAGUACCUGCGACUGAGACGGGCUUGUGUCCGCACAGCACGCAUAUCCGCUGAGGCUUUCCAGAAAGCCCUCUGUCCUCACAGGCUGUCAGAGCUGGACGCCGCUCGGGUCAAUGCCGAUCUCACCAUCUCAGACAUUUUGCACGGGUUGGCAACAAAUAAAUACUGUCAGGAAUCACUCCAGCGAUUGGUGCUGACAGGCCUCACCAUGUCGUCCUUGGAGGAACCAAGCCACCACGGCUUCAGUGCCCUGCAGGGACUGCGCUCACUUUCUUUGGCCAACGUUGACUUCUACGACUCAGGUCUGGCCGACGUGUGCUCCUUGCCACGUUUGGAGAGCCUGGAUCUGUCCAACACGUCUGUCACCAACCUGAACCCACUGCUGGGCCUGAAGGAGAGGCUGCGCUCACUCACGCUCCACCAGCUGAAGAGGCUGGAGAUGAGCACCGCACAGUUGCUGGGUGUCAUUGGACAGCUGGAUGUGUUGCAGCACUUGGACAUAAGCGAUGACAAACAGUUCACCUCCGACGUUGCUCGUCAGCUACUGGGUCAACCUGGUAUACUACCAGCUCUUGUUUCACUAGAUGUGUCUGGAAGGAAACAGGUGACGGAUGCUGCUGUGAGGGCGUUUGUGGACGAGAGACCGCAAAUGACAUUUGUGGGACUCCUGGCCACGGAUGCCGGUUUUUCUGACUUUCUCUCUGGAGACGGAAAUCUAAAAGUAACAGGUGAAGCCAAUGAAACUCAAAUCUGCGAGGCGUUACGCCGCUAUAGCGAGCGGGAGGGCUUUGUGAGAGAGGCGCUCUUUCAUCUUUUCAGUCUCACACACGUCAUGGAGAAGCCUCGACCUGACAUUUUAAAGCUGGUUGUUCUUGGCAUGAAGAACCACCAGGCCACGCUCAACGUUCAGCUGGCAGCGAGCGCCUGUGUUUUCAACCUAACCAAACAGGACCUGGCUGCCGGGAUGCCGGUGCGCCUGCUCAGCACUGUCACUCAGCUACUUCUGGAGGCUAUGAGGACAUUUCCUAAUCACCAACAGUUGCAGAAGAACUGCCUACUGUCUCUCUGCAGCGACCGCAUUUUACAAGAGGUGCCAUUUAACAGGUUUGAGGCAGCUAAACUAGUAAUGCAGUGGCUGUGCAAUCAUGAGGACCAGAAUAUGCAGAGGAUGGCUGUGGCUAUCAUUUCCAUUCUAGCUGCUAAGUUGUCCACAGAGCAAACAGCUCAGCUGGGAGCAGAGUUGUUCAUAGUCAAGCAACUGCUCCACAUUGUGCGUCAGAAGGCCACUCAGGGCAUGGUGGACGCCACGCUUAAAUUCACCCUGAGCGCACUCUGGAACUUAACGGACGAGUCACCGACUACCUGCCGCCAUUUUAUUGAGAACAAAGGCCUGGAUCUGUUCAUUAAAGUUCUAGAGUCCUUCCCUAAUGAGUCCUCCAUUCAGCAGAAGGUUCUGGGCCUGUUGAACAACAUUGCGGAGGUUGGCGAGCUGCACAGUGAGCUGAUGGUGAACACCUUCCUGGACCACAUUAGGACUUUACUGCACAGCCCUGAAGUAGAGGUUAGCUACUUCGCAGCUGGAAUCCUGGCACACCUGACAUCACGGGGGAAAGACGCGUGGACGCUUGGGCCGGAACUCAGGUCCUCCCUACUGGAGCAGUUGCAUGACGUCAUCAUGAAGUGGCCCGCGCCAAACUGCGAGAUGGUAGCCUACAGGUCGUUUAACCCCUUUUUUCCCCUACUGGAGUGCUUUCACACGCCGGGUGUCCAACUCUGGGCUGCUUGGGCCAUGCAACAUGUCUGCAGCAAGAAUGCCGGGCGCUACUGCAGUAUGCUGUUGGAGGAAGGUGGCCUGCAGCAGUUGGAGCGCGUACACGCCAACCCACAAACGCACCCGGAUGUCGGGCAGCUGACCGAGAGCAUAUUGGAAAGCCUGGAACGCCACCAGGCGCGCACUGGACAGCACACCGCCGCCCGCAUGCCACCUCAACAAUAAGCUCCAACAGGGUAAAAAAAUAUAUAGUUUCAGUAGGUGCCAUUGUAAUUUACUGCCAUUGAGAGCGCUAGACAUCCAACCCAUUUUGACUUGGAAGGCAGACAGCAAUCCUAGCGCAUUUUCUUAAUUUUUACUUAAAUACAAAAUAAACAAAGAAAGUUUUUUCUCUUUCAGGUAAACUAAACCUGCAAGACCUGAGUGUUGCAUGUGGGGGGGGGGAAUGGACAGUACGCGGUUGUUUGCACACAAACCUUAUUUAUAUUACACAAGAAUGUUACAAUUACGCUUCAAUGUUUUUGAGAUAUUUUUUCUUGUCUGAGAUGAAGCAUGUCGCAAUGAUACUUAAGUGCUGUAAAUGAGAUUAGAAACUGAGGUUAAAAAUGUAUUAUAGGCUACAUAGAGAGACAGUGUUAUCGAGAGAGUGGCAUAUGUGUAAAUGUGUCAAUAUGUUAAGGUUGCAUUGUGAAGUCCAAAUUCUACAGAAAAUAAUGUAAUUUCAUGAUAAAACAGUAAAAGAAUUUGACUUUAUUCAAACAAUGUGAUAUUAGUUUCCUAGCUUUGACAAAAAAUGUGAUUAUGAUGAACUUAAAAUGACGAUUUAUUCCCAUCACAUCCCAACUUUAUUUCCGUAACUUUUUCGACUUCUUGAGACACGAUGGUAUUCCCACCUUUUAUACUAUUAUCAGAACUUAUGACAUUAGCAUUUCCUGAAUUUUACCUGUUACGUAACUUUGUUUUAUCAAUGGCAACAUCACAACGUCCUACUCUCAUUGCUGCAACUUCAUAUUUGCCAAGUUUCAAUCACAUCCUUUUGACUUAUGACAAUUCACACAACUUCAAGACUAAAUUCUUGUUCCAUAAUGGCUGUAAUUUUCAUAAAAAUUGUAACCUGUAAUCUUUUAAUGUAAUACAUUAAAAGCAUGACGUUUUAUUUGUAUUCUCCUAAAACUGAAGUUUGCAGUUUGAACAAAAAGUCCAACAUUUUGUCAAAUUUUGGAAACUGACCGAAAGUUUAAAAAAAAAAAAAAAAAAAAAUACAGUAUUUGGAAAAAUAACUGUUUUCAUUGCUCAUCAACUGAUUCUUUUUGUAAUCUUAACAGAUUAUACGUACAUUCUAAAAAUACUAAAUUAAACCGAUAAUGUAUACUGUUGGGUUACAUUACAGUACAUCGUAUAUAAAACAUUAGCUGUUAUCUCGUCAAUAUCUUCAAUCCUAGGAGGCGUGGCUUUGGUCAGGAUCGUAAGUCAACCCAUUUGAACUAGGACUGGCGAGUACAAUGCUUACUGAACCGUAACUGUCCAACUUAAUUGUCACAGCAUUUCGACUUCAUUCCCAUAAUGUUUGACUAAAUUCACAUAACGCCACAAGUUUUUCAAUUUUUGAAUCUGAAUUCUCGUAAUGCUACAUUUUUAUCCUUGUAAGAUUUAUCCAAUGUGUAAGCAUGUUUGUUAGUUGCAAAGUGGUAUUGGAAUGUGUAAAUAUGCCUCAAAGGAAAAACUGUAUUAGCUUGUUCAGAAUUGCAUCACAUUUAUUUUAUUGUACAUUAAUGAUUAUUUUAUUUCAUUUUAAAGAAUAAAAAAAAAAUCAACAAGG